AUGGAUACAACCGGGCUAGAUGACUCCUGCUUGGGGUACGAAGUUAUUCUGAAGGAUGAUGACACAUCAACGCCGCGGUGUCCACAUGGACCAACUUUAUUGUUUGAGAAACAAGGUAAAGGAGGACAGAGGUUUUACGCGUGCUCGGCUUGCAGAGACCGGAAGGAAUGUAGCUUUUUCCAGUGGGAGGACGAAAAGGUCUCUGAGGUCAGGAAGAUGUCCAGGGAAGCGGAGAACCAACGGAAAAAGUUGCCGCCAUUCAGCCAGGAACAGUACAGUGCCAGGUUUCAACAGUUCCUCGCUCUCGCACCGGACCAAAUGAAGUUCUGUCAGGAUUGCCAGCUCCUCCUCCUGCCUGACGAGAUGAUGGCGCACGGCACCCACGCUCAAGUUCCCGUGGCAAUCCGGCAAUUGAGGAGGCCAAGCGGACUGUUGCGUCCCUUGGACAACAAAAAGAGCCAUGCGCAGUAUCUGUUCACCGAGCGCACCGCCCGCUUCCUUCUUAGCACCCUCACUGACCUGGGCUACAACAAGGUGCUCUGCGUGGGAACACCUAGGCUCCACGAGCUGAUCAAGACGGAUGGAAAAUCCCGAGCCAUGACCAGUCUACUGCUGGACAUUGACUUUAGAUACGGGCAAUUCUAUAGUCAAAAUGAAUUCUGCCACUACAACAUGUUCAAUCAUCACUUCUUCGACAGCCAGACCUCAAGCGAAGUGGUUCGUGCAUUUCUCCGAGAGUCAAAUGGAGAGAAGGCGGUGAUGGUUGCCGACCCUCCGUUCGGCGGCCUGGUGAAACCUCUAGCCAAAAGCUUCUCGCGUAUCUCCCAGACAUGGAGGGAACUACAAAGCGACGACAGCAGCAAUGUUGACAUCCCCAUGAUAUGGAUCUUCCCGUAUUUCUUUGAACCUCGCAUACUGGAAUGUUUACCAUCUCUGACUAUGCUGGAUUACCAGGUGGACUAUGACAACCAUUCCUUGUACAAACACGGGAAGACUGGAAGAAAGCAGUCUCCAGUCCGGUUGUUCACCAACAUCACUCCUUCUAAAAUCGCCCUACCAGAGGACGAGGGUUACAGGUUUUGCGCCAUUUGCGCGAGAUACGUGUGGUCCCUCAACACGCACUGUUUGACAUGCAAUGUUUGCCCUUCCAAGGAUGGCCGUCAAUGGAAACACUGCUCUUUGUGUGAACGAUGUGUGAAACCAUCGUGGCGACAUUGUCAGUCAUGUGACCGUUGCGCCCUCCCGGACCACCCGUGUAACCAAAGCAAAGUCAAGGAGGGUUGCUUCAACUGUGCCAGUCUAGGACACAAACGCAAAAGUUGCCCGCGAAAACGCGUCAGCAGGGGCGGGUCCAAGUCCAAAAGAAGAAACGGUGUUUAUGUAAAGCAGCCUGCAAAGAAAAUGAAAUAA